UUGCAUGUAAUGCAGACCUGUCCGCGCAGAAUGAAUUAAUCGAUAGUUAUUUUCAGUAUGCGAACAGUAUUUCAAUACACACGUUAUUUAUGUUUAUCUCAACGUAUACAUGUAAAUCUUCCUUGACAAUGUGCAACUGGAAAAACUAGACACCGUAAAAUUCAUAGUUUAAUGUAACAUUGAAAGAAACGGUUCAAUGGAAGACAACUAAACUCUACGGAUAUCUAGUAGAAAGAAUUGAACUGCAUGCUGAACAACUUGUUUUUGUGAGGGGUUUGCAUGUUGGCGAAACACGAUGACAGAUAGGUUGAUUCAAAAAGAUAGCCAGGUUCCGAAACUACAAAAAAAGGCUGACAGCAAAUCGGAGGAUGACGUGUUUUAAGAAUUUGUACGAACGUGUUGAAAAGAAAAUAGGAACCCUUUUUGCUUUGUACGGUCUGUUUGUUUCGAGGCAUGCCUGGAAAAUGAUAAUAAUAACUGUCACAGUUAAUGGAUUACUUGGAAUUGGGUUGGUCAGGUUCAAAUGGAACAAAGAUGUGAAGCAUAUGUUUCUUCCAAAAGGCUCUGAAGCCGAGAAGGACGAAGAACAAGCACAUAGCAUUUUUCCAGAUCUCAGCGGUUCAAAUUUUGAUCCCAGGCACCAAACUACUGAAGGCUAUUGGGCCCGAGUGAUACUGAAGUCUACGACUGGAAAUUUGUUAGAGAAGACUGUUCUUGAGGAAAUAAAAAAUUUCUCCUCGAUGAUCGAGAAUAUUUCAAUAACAAAUGAAACGGGAUCAAUGGUUCAGUUUUCAGAAAUAUGCGCCAAAGCCUUCUCCAAAUGUUACAUUGAUGGUGAUAUUGUAUGGGACGCCGAUUUUAUUACUGCGGUAGAAAACGACCAACUCACAUAUCCUGUGUUUUUGUCCCCGACGUUUGGUCCGCGCUAUUAUGCAUUUAACACAGGCGGACGGAAGAGCUUCGAUAGUCUUGGUCAGUAUCUUCGAGGCACGGAAUUACUUAAAUUAGAAUAUACAGUUCGUUCAGACACAGAAAAUUCUAGAAAUCUUGCUUCCAAAUGGGUUAACGAAUUUAAAGCUAAAUUAGAAUCUUACAGAAACAGACAUUUUGAAAUAGCGUAUGGACAUUUUAAUUCUUUGGACGAAGAACUACACGAGAACAUUAUCGGGGAUAUACUGCUGUUUGCUGCUACUAUUUCACUGAUGAUGGUCUACGCAUGUGUCGCAACAAUGUCUGCAAGAUGUUCCGACCAACUUGGGCAGCGUAUGUUGCUUGGAUUGGCAGGACUAACAGCAGCAGGGCUUGCAACUUUGGGAAGUUUCGGACUAUGUGCAGCAAUCGGAAUUGACUUUGUGAAUAUUCUUGGUGUUGUUCCAUUUCUUAUAACAGAAGAUAGAUGCCAUUUAGAAAAAGGUAUUGGAAUAGACGAUAUGUUUCUACUGCUGUCUGGUCUGUCAGAAUCGCAGGUGAAGGAUACACCUGAAGAAAAGAUUGCCGAAACGAUGCGCAUAUCAUGUGUUGGCAUUACGAUUACUACUCUUACAGACGUCAUUGCAUUCAUGUCUGGAAUUGGAUCUACUUUCGUAGCUGUUAGAAAUUUCUGUAUUUAUACAGGUGUUGCCGUUUUCUUCUGUUACAUCAACAACGUUACCUUCUUCGCGGCUUGCAUUGUGAUAAAUGAACGUAGAGUGAAAGACCGACGCCAUUUCCUAACGUGCAAACAAAUUAAAACCAAAGAAGAAUUGCGUGAAGUAGGAAAGUCUCAAAGAUAUGUGUUCUGUUGCGGAGGUCGAGCACCUAGGAAUAGAGAGGAAGCAGAAAGUUGGAUAGAUAAAUUUCCACGUUGGAUUAUUCCUAAAAUAGUGUUAAAACUACCCUUCAAAGUUAUUAUCAUUAUUAUGUUUAUGGGCUAUAUGGCGGGAGCAAUUUACGGUUGCAUAAAUAUUAAACAAGGUAUACUUUUAACACAGUUAGCGAACUUUGAUUCUUAUUUUUAUAAAUUUUCUGACUGGAAUGAGAAGUUUUUUCCUCGCCAGACUGGGGUGUCGUUUAUAAUCCAGGAUACAUAUGAUUAUUCCGAUAAUGAUACUCAGUCAAAGCUUUUCAGUCUGGUAUCAGAGGCUCGGUCAAGCCGAUACUUUGACGACAAUUUUGAAGUCAACUGGUUAAAGUCAUAUAGUCUUUCUAUGUACUACAAUACAUCGUCUAAAUCUGCUUUUAUUGCUGGAUUGCAAAGAUUCCUCAGUGUCCAGCAGAAUGCUGCAUUUGAAAAUGAUGUUGUUAUAGACGACGCCAGUAAGGAAAUAACAGCGUCGAGAGUAUACGUAGUUUCCUCGAAUUUAGCGGGAAGCCAGGAGGACGGGAAAAUGAUGCUGGAGUCACGCAGCAUUGCAUCCGCUGCCGAAAUUGACUGUUUCGCUCUUUCUCCAUUAUUUGUUUAUUAUGAGCAGUUUGUUCUCAUACUAGAACAAACUAUGCAGUCCGUUGGAAUUGCCCUGGCUUCUGUGUUUGUAGUCACUUGUAUUUUCAUGCCGCACCCAGUCUUAGUUGUUUUUGUAACGAUUGUAGUUACAAUGAUUAUGACAGGGGUUUUUGGAUAUAUGCUUUAUAUUGAUGUUGCCUUAAGUGCGAUCACUAUGAUUCAAUUGAUUAUGUGUAUCGGGUUUUCAGUUGACUUCUCAGCUCAUAUAUGUCAUGGCUAUAUGAUAUCUAACGGUCAAACCCGUGACAUGAAAGUUAAACAUGCUAUUGAUGAAACUGGAGCUCCGAUUUUUCACGGUGCUGUUUCAUCCUUGAUUGGCAUCGUUGUGCUCAAUGUAGCAAAAUCUUACAUUUUUCGGACGUUUGCAGCAGUUUUAUCUUUUGUGCUUUUCUUUGGUGUCACUCAUGCCCUUUUGUUGCUGCCGGUCGUUUUAUCAUGUAUAGGACCUUUGAAUAAGAAAGUCAUAAAUACAGAGGAAGAAAAAUCAAGUACUAAGGAAGAUCGAACAAUCAUCCCUUCUACAGCUGAGUAUAGAUCAGAUGAGCCUAAAACACAAAACGUGUUUGAAAAUGGCCUGGAUAUUUUGAAUAAUGAAGAAACGGGAAUUAAAGUUCAGUCUAAAAACGCGGCAUCUGAGCAACAACCGGCUAGUAUGACAUUUACAUACGAUAAUAAAACUUUUGAUGUUGAAAGAGGCAAUGAGGAACAACAAGAAAAUAGCAGUGAUACACACAGUCUAGACAGGCACAUUAAGGUAAAACAGUUUUCCAAGCCGGCAUUAGCCUUAGAGUUCCCGACUGAUGACACAUCAGACAACUUAGUACCAAUGAUGGCGUUACAGGCGUGGAGAGAAUUGCAGGAAGAAGAAAACAAAGUAAAAGUAGGACGUAUGAAGCAGCUAUCUAAGUCUGAAGUUACGCUACAAAUUCAGGACGAAACAAUAUCGGAUGAAGUGGGAUUCAAACAUUCGGGUGGCGUAUCUCCGUGUUUUGGAGGGUAUGAAACUGAAGAAAGAUCUAAUGAAGAUGAAAGAAAGAUAACAAAUUCAAAACGAGCACGAUCUCCGGAUAAGAAAAGUCCACAUAGAAAAAGUUUGCCACCAGAGACUGUUCAGAUGUAUCACGUAAGCGCACGUGGUUCUCGCUCCCCAGAAAAAAAUCAGGGGAAGCAAACACCGUAAAAUAGAUAUUUGAGACUAGCGAACUACAAAAAACCACCAGCAUACAAUAAACACUGAUCGUAUUUUGUAUACUGUUUCAAAACACUGAACGUAAUUUGUUCAUGAAGUCAAAAGGUAAUAUACAAGUUCAUUCCAUACCUUUACAACACAGGAAGAUUUCUCAUAUUUUUCUCGGACCUCUUUGUCGGCUUAAUUGUAAUCACAUUUAAGAUCAUAUUUCAUCUUUGGAAACAGAGUGCUUUUGCUCAAAGGGUUCAGUAAGUAAGCUCAAAAAUUUACUCCUGCAGUAAAUUAGGAAACGGACUUAUAUAUUGUUUUAUUCCAAACAUAUCUAAGUCUAUAAGAUUAAAACAAUCUGAUACUAAAAUGUUUAUGUUGUGACAUAGGCACACGAAAAGUUCUCUUUCUUGUAAGAGAAUGACACCGAAACGUAUUUUAUAUAGCUGCAACAGUUUUGUAUUACCUUGGUUAGUUUUUUUGUUAAAGUUUAACAGCGAGUUUUGUCAACAUGGUGAGAUAGCUGCUAACCAAAUAUUGCUUUUCCUUAUUUACUCAGCCGCGAAAACAAAUGUGACAUUUAAAUUAUAACAUUUUCGUCAGAAUUAUUCUGCAAUAAAAGCUCAUUUAAAUUCUUUAAGAAAUGUUCUUGAUACAUCUUCAAUUCUUGGUUCUAAUGCCAGUUAUACCAGUUAUGGAAUCCAAUAACUCUCUUUUAUUGAAUAAUGCUCUUACUGCUAAUAAAAUCAAAUUAAAGAUCCUUUGGAAAUAUAGAUUGCAGCCAAGUCAAAUGGUAGCAAAUUUGGUUUGACUGCGUCUGUUCAUGAGAGGUAAUGAAAUAUGCAAUAGGCCUCGGGCCCCUCAGCACCGUCUUGAGGGCAAAUCUGAUAAGUACAUACGAAUGGAAGAUUAUUACCCUUGUAUUUUACAUUUAUUGAAUAAUGAAAAUGUUACAAAAGCACUUGUCACUUUUGUUAUACAGAGAUAUAUAAUUUGAUAUCAUGUUAUUCUUAUUUGUGAGUCCAAUUGUGCAAUGUUACCUGCUAUAUUGUAUUGUGGUGUUUGACCCUUGUUGGAAGCAAUCAAAAGGACUAAUUUAAAAAUUGUUGAUUUGGCUAAUUGAUAGUUUGUACACAUAUUUUGAAUAUGUACGUUAUAUGAAUAUGUUGCUACACUGUCAUUUAUUACCAUUCUCUUUACCAUAUUUUCCUGUAUUUUUUACUAUUUUACAAAGCUGUAAAUAAUCAUUUACUUGCCAAAAUACUUGACGAUUUAAUACGUCAAUGGACAAUUAAGAAUCUUCUGUUUGCAAGUGGAUGAGAAGACGUUGACGAAAACUGUUCUAUUAAAGUUGUAUUAGUUAUAUGUUGAGUGUCAGAGAAAUGAUUAAAAAAUCAACGUAUACAGAGUAGCUAUAUCUUUGAUGAAAUAGUCAAGCAUUUAACACGUUUACGAAAAAAUGAAUUAAAUAAUGCAUAUAAAAGGGCUAUAUCUACGUUUUAAGUUAAGGCGAAACAAUGUGACUGGCAUGUAUGAACUUUGUUAGUAAACACAAAAUGAUGCAGCUGAUAACAUUAUAAUACACACACAAUUUAUUAUUUAAAAUCAAAUUACAAAAUUUACGUAAUUAUAACAACACAGCUGUUGUGCAGACUCACGCCAUUCCCGAAAUCCAGUUAUGAAGACAUAGAAUUAUUGCAAAGACUAAAAUCAUUCAUCCAGAUAAUAACGUUGAUAAAAUGAGCAAUUUGAUUGUCGGGAGGUCUAAAUGGUCGGUAAAAGUUUUAGAGAAGAAAAUCAAUUCAAAGUGCUUACAAGCUUUUUAAUAGUAAUAAUUCUGUGUGUUGAACUCCUUCCCUAAUUAAUACUCGCACAAAAGCAACUUGGUCAGGUAUGUUGAUGAUUUGUUUAUUCUAUUCUUUAACAGUUCUUAAUAUCAUCAUCUGCACAUAGACGGGUUUGGAAGGCAGGUCGUAUAGUAAGUCUUUCAUAAAUAUAGGUAAGAGCAGUCCCAUAACAGGCACUAAGGGCACGUUGCUAACACUUAGAAGAUGCAUUCUUGACAGCACUUUGCUGUGCCCGACUGAAGACAGUUUAUUCAAACUUCAUCGAAAACUUUGCAUUAAGUGGGUCCCAUUGAGAUUAAUUAGGUAUUAACAAUCAAUUAUUCAAUAGAUGAUAAAAUGUGUUAUUACAUACUCGUUUCUAUUCCCCGUUAAGUUACACUGGUACCGGAAACGUCAAUAUUUUUCCAUACACUGACGCUUGAAUUUCAUAUCGGGUGCGUGACGUAAUUCAGUGCGUGUUGUUGCACUAUUUUUUCUAUUUAGUUCAGUAUCGUCAUACCUAUUCAGGCUGUAGAACAAAAUUAUGAUAAUUACAUCAUAUUUAUACGUGUAGAUGCUUAUGUAAUAAAAAGGUUAUUAUCUUUGCAUCGGGAAAUAUGCACUCGUUCUUCAUCGGAAGAAUAUUGCGCUCCUAAAGUCGCGCAAUAUUUCCGCCGAAGAACUCGUGCAUAUUUCCCAAUACAAAGCUAAUAACCUAUAAAUAUAUUUCAAGAAGGGUCAUAAAUUGUUAACCUAUCAGAAUAUUGUACUUUUGCAAUAUCAGCAUCAGAAAAAAUGUUUUUCAUGAUAUUUACAUUUGGGAAAAACUGGCAAUCAUGAGUCUUUUAAUCACAAUUCUGGUUUUGUCGAUCUAUUCUAAUUUAGUCGAUGUCAGGAUUCGGACCUACGACAAUAUAGCGACACGGGCAAUAUCGAAUUCAACUGCGCUAUCGCCACAUUCCUUUAACUGAAUGUGCAAGUUACACUAAAAUUAUGGUCCUGAAUAUUCAGCUAAUUAGACUACAGUUUACGAAGAUCCUAUGGAAGCAUAGAACGUUACCAAGCUAAAGAAUAUCCGAUGAAAGUCAGUCAGUUUUAAGGGAAUACUGAUAAAUGAUGACAUAGAUAUUUAAAACACUGACAUGAACACCACCCAGAGAAGUAAGUUAUUGUUCUUACUAUCCAUUGUUCAUUUCUGAAACGGUUUUCACGUAAAGGAGGGCUGCAACCAAUGAUCUAUGCUGCGUCUACGAAGAUAUAUCGACGAGCAAGUAUUUACUAUGUGCAAUUAUGGUCGCUAAGCCACUAUGUUGGUUUUCCCACGGUGCGGCUCAUUUAGUUUCCACUUCUUUCUUGUUAAAUCCGAUGUCUUGCUUUUUCUUAAACAAAGUUGCAUCCGCGCAGUCUUGUCAGGAUCCAUACUGUUCGCUAAUAGUUUCUCUAAUUGCUACAGGCUUUGAAAGCGAACAGCAUGGAUCCUGACCAGACUACGCAGUCUGGUCUGGAUCCAUGCUGAUUGCAAAGCCACUAUGUUGGUUUUCCCAUGGCACGGCUCAAAUGCAGAUCAGUCGCCUACGUCUUCUGUCUAAUGCUACAAAAAUAGAAAAGUUACCGUCCACAGUUGAUUAGAACUCAACAUUGGCACAUGUUACAAUUUUUUCUGCGUAUGUGUUCGAAUUUUAAAGGGACACACGCAUAUUGUCUCUCUCUAUUUAUAUUUACUGUAAAGGUUCUUGCAAUUUUUAAGUAACACAUCGAGUUACUGAUGAAUGCACUGUCGAACUGAAAGUCGAUGGAUGGGGUGGGGGAGUGGGGGUCGGGAGGGAGAUGGACUAGUGGGUAUAAAAGUAAGCGAUUGCUCUUGUAACUGUUCAUUAGGGACUAACAAAUAUAUUAUAAUUAUUAAAGUCUUGCUUCCUUUUGUCUCAAACUUGAUUGAUAUUACUAGUAUCAUGUCAUUCCGGAAAGCAAAAAGACGAUGUUUGGGAUGGGGGUAGAGGACUUUCGGCGGGGCGACAUUCGGCAGCGUGAUGUUUGGCGGGGCCACGUUUGCCGGGCGGCAUUCGGCGAGGCUACACCCUGCGGGGCGCCAUAACAACGUUUCUCGCUCUGUCGCUACGACAGAAUGAAAUCAUAUAAUAUAUAUAAAAAAAUGACAUAAAUCACCCACCAUACCAGGUUCAUGCAUUUAUUAUGUUUUCAACAGCACAUCAAUACCAAAUAUCAGAAUAUCCUGACAUAACCUGAUACAAGGCAGGUCAUAUUGUUUCAUAAAGAAUAUCCAUGUCGAUAAUAUGAUCAUAUAAAAAAGAAGUGGUACUUUCCAACAGUAUUUCAUUUAAUUACAUCAUUACAACGGUUGGUGGGCCGGUGGUUUAGUGGUAACACGCUUGACUGUCAAUCCAGAGGUCCGGGGUUCGAAUCCCGGUCCAGACACUGGAAAUUUCUUAGAUGCUGUUGAGUGUCCCCCACCUCACUUAGAGGCCUGCAAUGGUUCUUCCCAGAAAAUACGGCUUCGCGUGUAUCGGUACUAUACACCGGGCACGUUAAAAAACUAGACUGCCUAUUCGCAAAGAGCUAGGCUAAAUUACCCAAACAAGUCUGUAUCGAUCUCUAUCUGUUCUUGAGGACUUUAUCUGACUCUGUCCCUCUGGUCAGGUCGCUCUGUAACUGUACUAGAAGGGGAUGAUUUUCGCGCCCUGUGUGACUGCGUUUGCUAUAUGUAAAGCGCCUUUGAACGUGUUUAUCAUGAAAAAGGGUGCUAUAAAAAUCUGAUAUAAUAAUAAUGAUGAUAAUAAUAAUGAUAAUAAUAAUGAUAAUAAUAAAAAUAAUAAUAAUAAACGGAAUCUCAGAAAUUGGAUGGAUGUUAUGUGCUGAUACAUUAAUGAUUCCCCAGAGACAUUGGAGGCCAGACUGUCUGUUUGACCCACCGGCACCAGACCAGAAAGAAAAAACAAAACACUGUACAUGUUAUAUCCUGCCUCUAGGUAUACUAUAUAUAAGAACGAUUGUCAUUAAAGGAAAAAUAUACAAACCAAUUUCACACCUACAAGGCACAGUUCCUAUGUACUAUGCAUAUUUGAACAAGUGGUAAUUUAUCUGCCAUCGUGCACUAGUCACAUUGCACUAGUCACAUUGCCGUAACAUUUCUUUACGCAGAUACAUUCCACGUAAUUUAUAUUUUGAUAAGACUAGUCACUAGACUGAUAAUAAAGAAGUUGUCAAAAAAAAUUAAACUUUUAUAGGUUUUCUUUUAUGUAAUAGAGACAAAUCUUAAUGACCUAGCCUGACCUUGCCCGGCAGCUCAUUGGGUCAGGCCAGGCCAGACCAGACGAGACCAGGCCAGGCCAGACUAUACAUCUGCAAGCGGCAGAGCUUAAUAACUAGAGCAGAUGUAUUUUGAAUUGUUAUAGGUAAUAUAUAUUUUUUUUGCUGAGUCAUUGCAUAAAAGUUUUUAUAUGAAAAUAAUGAAGAAGCAUAAAAUCAUAAAAACUUAACCCCCCCCCCCCCCCUCCCCCCCGCUCCACACACACACACACACAACACACACCACCACCACCCCAUUUUAUAUUUAAAGACAUUAUUAUUUGGUUAAAAAGUACAUGAUGAAUGCAAUUCCUCUCAGGCCAUUGGUAUAUUUAUUACAUAUUUGAAACCAAUGAUUUGCCUCUUAUCACUUUAACUCGCUUACAUGCUUACAUUGACAACUUGUUUUAAAAUGUACCAUGUGGUAAACACAUUAAGACUUGUUUACAAAGUGCUGCUUGAAUGAGUCGCGUACAACUACAUAACGAUAAAUAACCUUGAAUUCAUUUCCUGUUCAGUGCGUCACCAGUCAACUACUUAUAAAAUCUAGUACAGUGCAUUAAACACUCCGUAGUAGUUAUAUAAUGAGACAUGCAUUUAUGUUUAUGAAUAAGAACGGAUAUGUAUAAUCUUACUGGUACCAGCUGUUAUGUUUGCCGAAUUCCCAUGAAAACGUAAUGAAAGGAAUAUAUGUGUUGACGAUGGAUUUUUAGAAUAUUUUAUGGAUGCCACCACUACAGUUAAAAAUGGAGAAGAAAAAACAAAUAUGACUGAUAUGGAGGGAAACCUGGGGUCUUCCUCCACCUUCAAAGCUGGAAAGUCGCCAUAUGCCCUAUAAUUGUGUCGGUGCGACGUUAAACCCAACAAAAACAAAUCAUAGAUAAUGAUAUCAAAGGGACCUUAGUUUUCGGUAAAUAUAUUGAAUCUUGAAUCAUCAAAGGGCACCUUAGUGAUGUUUCAAACCGUUCAGAAGUAGAUAUCAGUAAUGUGUAUUGCACUGACUGGACGAUCUGUUUUCAUGGUAGAGAUUACUUGCCUGAUGUAUUAAAUGUUGAAGUUGAAAUGCAUUUUUGGAGCAAAAGCUACGUCAUUUUAUAGAGCAAAGGAAGAUCGAUUAUUGAUUCAAUGAACUCUACUAUUUGAUUAAUACAGAUCCUCUAGCAAUCCAAGGGUCGAUACUGCUGUUACUGCCAUAUUGUUCCAGUAGUUAAAGCCGACAUACUACUGUUACUACUGUUAUGCUUACUUCACGCUGGUAGACAAAGACAGCAAUCACACUUAAUACUUUAAUACUUAACUGACAUAAUUGACAUUAUGAUUGUUAUAUUUUUUCAAGUCCUGUCUACGAAACAAUAAAAGAAAAAAAAAGAGAACAACAACAACAUAUCAAAACUUAGAAUCUCUUUCUUUUCAUGCAAUGUAUGUAUUAUGAAUGCAAAAUUUAAUUGAGCAAUUUAUGAUGUUGAAACAUGUCAUGUAGUUAAUACGAAUAACGUUACAUUAAAAAUUAGAACAAUAGUGUAAAAAUACAAAAUAAUAUGAUCAGACAAAGAAACAUCCAGUAUGAAUUCAUUUAUUUACAUACAGUGAGUUUACUGUUACUAUGAAUUAAUUUUUCCUGUUGUCUUGUGAUCAUCCUUCGUCCGUCGUCGUCUGUCAGUGUGGUUGUCACUGUUAAUAUCUCAAACAAACUAGAUAAUGAACAAUAUCAUUUUAGUUAGAUCACUUUUAUGGCAAUUGAAAUUACCAAAGUUGCCUUAAGCAACUUUAUAUUUGUAUAAUCUUUUAAAAAAUGCAAAACUUGCUAAAUAUUUACUUCUGAAUACAUUAAAACUUAACUACCUACCUUGCAAAAACAUUCCGGUGAGCGAUAGAGGAUAAUCAUGGCCUUCGUGUGUUUUGAAAAUUCCCUUAUUAAUCGGAAUGCGCCAUAUCGCUUUGUUUCAAGCAUGUGUACUCUGAAGCCUUAUAUAGUGCCUUUUUUCUCUAAAAUACGUUAACGCACAUAAUGUUGAAAUUAUGUCAUUGCUCUUUUCUCUGCAUUUAUUUUUUUUGUGUGUAGGCAGACGAUAACGAUCAGUUAUCAUACACAUCCAUUUAAUGUUUAAUACUAAUUUCAAUAAUUACCAAAAAAAAAAAAAAAACGAUAAAAAAGAAAAUAAUACACAAGCCGUUUUUAUCUAUCAGACCGAGUUGGUUUGUCUUUUUUUUUUCCUAAAUUUAUUUUUAUUAUGAAUUCAUUUACUUAGAUCGAAGAUAAGUCUUGUUGUUGUUUCAUCUAAGCUAUUGUGAUCACAGUUCGUCCGUCGUCGGCGUUUGUCAUCCGUCCUCGUGGUUAACUUUCACUGUGUUUGAUCAGAAAAAUUCGAUAAAGAGCAGUAUUGUUUUAGUACCAUCAGAGUUAGGGCAACUGAAUUAGUCAGAAUCGUUAUAGUUUUAUUCGCAUUCAUAAAAAUUGCGGCGAAUGUAUAUGGCUACUUAAUUUUGGACAAUAUUGCUCACUUGACGCUGGUUUUAUAACCUUUGACUACAUCAAAAUUGCCAGUAACUACAUACAUUAGCAGUCAUGGUGAAAAAUGUUUAAAAACACACAUCUCUGUAAAUAUCUUAAAUCAACAAGAUUUCUGUAGUCACAACAGAGUCGGUCCCUUGACGUGUUUUAAUAUUGUUAAAAGGUCAUAACUUAAGCAGCCUAGAGCAGAGCGUUUUUCAUUAAUAAAAAUAAUAAAUUUUCUUUCUGGGUACAACCGUCAAAUCUUAAUCUACCUAACUUGUAUAAGCAUUCGGGUGAGCGAUAAAGGGUCAUCAUGGCCUUCACGUGUUUUUCCUAUAUUGAUUGAUAUGCACCAUUGCAACUUGUUACCCUGAAGCCUUAUAUAGUGCCUGUCUUUUUUCUCUUAAAUACGUUAAAGCAGAUUUUGUUAAAAGUGUGCAAGAUGUUAAAGGUUACGUUUUUCACCACAUAAAAUUUCAAUAAUAAUCAAACGAUAAAGAAAAUAAUAAACAAACCGUUUUUAUCUAUCUUUUGUUAUGUAAAUUUACUCUGCGUUGCAUAGCUAUCUUAAUGUAUACAAGGAAUUUAUUUAUUUAGAUUGAAUAAAUCCCUUUUUUGUUGUUUCAUCUUAGCUAUUGUGAUUACCUUUCGCCCGUCGUCCUCCGUCGUUAUCUUUCCGUCUGGCUGACUUUUACUGUGCUAACAACAUUUCUUCGUUUCAUGGUAUGGCAACUGAAUUAGUCAGAAUUAUCCUAGUUCACAAUCGCAUUCAUGAAAAUUGCGCAGAAUGUACGUGGCUAUAUAAUCGAAGACAACAUUGAUCAAUUGACACUGGUGUUAUAGCCUUUGAAUUGAUCAAAAUUGCCUGUAACUUACAUACAUGAGCAGUCAUUUUGAAAUAAUGUGCAAAGCCACACGUUCCCAGUAAAUAUCUAUAAUUGGCAAAAUUACUGUAGUCACAACAGAGGACAUAAUCUUGACGUGAAAAAAUUUGCCAUUUUUGAUAUUGUUAAAAUGUCGUUAUUCUUAAGCAGCCUUGAGCGGAGAGUUUUUUAUUAAUCAAACUUGCUAAAAGUUCAUGGAUACAUCUGUCAAAACUUAAUCUACCUAACUUGUACUUGCAAACAUUCGGGUGAGCAAUACAUGGUCAUCAUGUCCUUCAUGUGUUUUCCAUCAUCGAUCGAUAUGCACCAUUUCGAUUUGUUUCAAAUAUGUGUACUCUGAAGCCUUAUAUAGUGCCAGUCAUUUUCCCUUAAAUACGUUAAAGCACAUUUUUUUUAAAGUGUGUUAGAUGUUGAAAGUUACUUUUUUUGCCACAUAUACUUCACUUUUUGUCAAAACGGACUAUACUGAUUAAUAAUCAUACACAUCUAUUUAGUGUUGUUUUUUUAUGAUAAUAUUAAUUUCAAUGAUUAUCAAAACGAUAACGAAAAUAAUACCCAAGCCGUUUCUAUCUCUCUUUUGUUAUGUCUUUCUUACUCUGAACUGCAUUGCUAUCUUAAUGUAUGCUCUCAAUUCAUUUAUUUAGAUUGAAUAAACCACUUUUUUUGUUAUUUCAUCUAAGCUAUUGUGAUCAUCCUUCAUCCGUCGUCCUCCGUCGUUAUCCCUCCAACUGAAUUAGUCAGAGUAGUAACAGUUCACAAUCGCAUUCAUGAAAAUUGCGCAAAAUGUACGUCUACAUAAUCGAGGACAACAUUGCUUCAUUGACAUCGGUUGUAUAGCCUUUGAAUUGAUCAAAAUCGCCAGUAACUUGUCAGUGAGCGAUAUAAUGUCAUCACGGCCUUCAUGUGUUUUUACUUCAGUGAUUGACAUGCACCAUUUCGAUUUGUUUCAAAUAUGUGUACUCUGAAGCCUUAUAGUGCCGGUCUUUUUCUCUUAAUACAUUAAAGCACAUUUUGUUCAAAGUGUGUUAGAUGUUGACAGCUACUUUUUUCGCCACAUAAUUCACUUCUUUUCAAAACGGACUAUACUAAUUAAUAAUCAUACACAUCUAUCUAAUGUUUUUAUGAUAAUAUUAAUUUCAAUGAUUAUCAAAACGAUAAAAAAAAUACCCAAACCGUUUCGUUUUUUAUCUCUCUUUUGUUAUGUCGUUUUUACCCUGAACUGCAUAGCUAUCUUAAUGUAUACUAUGAAUUCAAUUAUUUUGAUUGAAUAACACUUUUUUUAUUGUUGUUUAAUCUAAGCUAUUAUGAUCACCCUUCGUCCGAUGUCCUCCGUCGUUAUCCCUCCGUCUGGCUGACAUCCACGGUUCUAACAAUAUUUCUUAGUUUCGUCAGUGGUAUGGCAACUGAAUUAGUUAGAGUUGUCAUAGUUCACAAUCGCAUUCAUGAAAAUUGCGCAGAAUGUACGUGCCUACAUAACUGAAGGCAACAUUGCCCCAUUGACACUGGUUUUAUAGCCUUUGAAUUGAUCAAAAAUGCCAGUAACGUAACUUACAAACAUGGAACAUGGGCAGUCAUCUUGAAAUAAUGUACAAAGCCACACGUUCUCAGUAAAUAUCUAUAAUUGGUAAGAUUACUGUAGUCACAACAAAGUCGAGUCUCUUGACGUGAACAAACUUGCUACUUUUAAUUUUGUUAAAAGGUCAUAACUCUUAAGCAGCCUAAAGCAGAGCCUUUUGGUGAAUCAAAAAUUGCUUAAAGUUCACUUCUGGAUACAUCUGUCAAAACUUAAAACUACCUAACUUGCAAUUGCAUUUGUAAACAUUCGGGUGAGCGAUAUAGGAUCAUCAUCUCCUUAAUGUGUUUUCCUUCACUGAUUGAUGUGCACCAUUGUGACUUCUUUCAAACAUGUGUACUCUGAAGCCUUAUAUAGUGCCUUGUUUUGUUGUUGUUGUUUUUUUUUCUAAAAUACGUUAACGCACAUUUUGUUGAAAUUGUGUAAUUGCCUUUUUCCCAACAAUUAAUUCUUUUGUUUGUGAAAACAGACAAUAACAAUCAGUCAUCAUAUACAUUAAUUUAAUGUUUAAUAUUAAUUUCAGUAAUUAUCAAAACGAUAAAGAAAAUAAUAAACAAGCAGUUUUUAUCUAUCAGUUGAUUUUUCUUUUUUCGAUUAGUUGUAUAUUAACUUUCUUCAUGUUUAUUAUGAAUUCAUUUACUCUGAUCAAAUACAUUUUUUUGUAAUUGUUGAUCACUCUUCCUCCGUCGUCCUCCGUCGUUACCUCUCUGUCUGGUCGACUUUCACUGUGCUAACAAUAUCUCAGAAAAGUUCGAUAUUGAGUAAUAUUGUCUUAAAAACAUCAGAGUUAUGGCAGUUGAAUUAGUCCGAAUUUUCAUAGCUUACAUUCGCAUUCAUAAACAUUGCACAGAAUGUACAGAGCUACAGAUCGAAAACAACGAGUUGCCAUUGCAUUAACCAAAUUUGCCAGUAAGUACAUACAUGUGCAGUCAACUUGAAGGAAUGUAUAAAACCACUAGAUAUCAGUAAAUACCUUUAAUUGGAAAUAUUACUAAUUAGGGCCAUUGACGUUGAGAAAAAUGCCAAUUUCAGGUAUUAUUUCUUAUCAGUCAUUAACAGAAUGUUUUUGAUUACUCAAAGUUGGUAAAAGGUCACUUCUGCAUAUUUCUGUCGAAACUUUAUCUAUCAAUUUGUAUAUACAUUCUGAGGAUUGAUACAGGGUCAUCAAGACCUUCAUAUUUUAACCUUAUUAAUCGAUGUGCACUAUUGCGACAUUUUUCAAACGUGUGUACUCUGAAGCCUGAUAUAUAGUGCUUAUCUUCUUUUCUUCUCUUAAAUUACGCAUUAUGUUCAAACUGUGUGCUUGGAUCUUGAAAUUUUAGAGUAACUUAUAGAUAUAUAUGUAUAUAAACACCGAGUGAAAAUUCAAUGGUGGUUUUAAUACCACAUGACAUGUAAUUGUAAAUGCAAUCUUUUGUACACAUUUGGUUUAUAUAUUUUAUUUAGAAUUAUCAAAAGAUGAUACAAUAUUUUCGAAAAAGUUGAGCAUAGUAAAAGUUUAAGAC